CAUCGCUACAGUGUACUUUGGUGGACGUACAUGGGUUCGCGUCUACAUCGCAUCUGAAUUUCAUGGUCGCGAGAAAAUAUGAAAGUUCAAACCGUGAAAUCUAUGUGACCGGACAUGAUGUCGAGCUGAUCACAGCAAUACAACUAACGUUAGGUACUGUGAACGACUUCCUAACCUCCGUCAGCCACGCGUAUGUUUGCUGUGAAUUAUGGAGCUAAUUGGCUAGGCUAUCCGGCUGGGUUUGGCUGUAAGAAUAAGGUUUUGCAGUUGGCCGAGACUGUUCCUCUGGAAUCAAUCUUCGUUGCGUAUAUGUCAAUGUGACGAGAGGAAACUCUACUGACGGCAUUAUGGGUCAAGACCGAGGAAAGUACGAUUUCUAUAUAGGCCUCGCUUUGGCUAUAAGUUCCAGUAUAUUUAUUGGCGGUAGUUUCAUCUUAAAGAAGAAGGGACUCCUUCGACUGGCCAGAAAGGGCUCUAUGCGGGCAGGCCAAGGAGGUCAUGCAUACUUAAAAGAAUGGCUUUGGUGGGCUGGCUUGUUAUCAAUGGGGGCUGGCGAAGCUGCCAAUUUCGCUGCAUACGCCUUUGCUCCCGCCACUCUCGUCACUCCUCUUGGGGCUCUCAGUGUGCUAGUCAGUGCGGUACUGUCCUCGUACUUCCUGACAGAGAGGCUGAACCUGCAUGGGAAGCUUGGCUGUCUGCUCAGUAUCCUGGGCUCCACUACCAUGGUGAUACAUGCGCCUAAAGAGGAGGAGAUCGACAGCCUGGAAGACAUGUCCAAAAAACUGGUUGAUCCAGGCUUCGUGGUCUUUGCGACAGCUGUCAUCAUCAUAGCACUCAUCUUCAUCUUCGUUGUAGGCCCACGCCACGGGCAGACUAACAUCCUGGUCUACAUCACCAUCUGCUCAGUGAUUGGUGCUCUGUCCGUCUCCUGUGUGAAGGGAUUGGGCAUCACCAUUAAGGAGGCCAUCGCUGGGAAGCCAGUGAUGCGAAAACCUUUGGCCUGGCUGCUGCUGCUGAGCCUGAUAACUUGUGUUAGCACACAGAUCAACUACCUGAACAAAGCACUGGACAUCUUUAACACAUCCCUGGUGACACCCAUCUAUUAUGUGUUCUUCACCACCUCAGUGCUCUCCUGCUCAGCAAUAUUGUUCAAAGAAUGGGAACACAUGGGCACCGAUGACAUCAUUGGCACACUGAGCGGCUUCCUUACGAUUAUCGUGGGCAUCUUCCUGCUGCACGCCUUUAAGGACGUUAGCAUUAGCUUGGCAUCACUGGCUGUGUCCAUCAGGAAGGACGAGAGGAAUGGCCCUGUAUUAAACGGCAUGGCAGCUAACAACCACUCCAGUUAUGAGCUGCUACAUAAUGACAUCACGGAGGACUUUGACAACAGAGAGGUAGGGUUGCCUUUCGACAGUGUCUCCAGAAGAAACGGCACUAUGACAGUUUCUUCGGUUCAGUGAGGAACCAGUAUGCAACAGUUCGUCUAUGAAAAUCUUUUGGCUGCUCUAUGGAAAAUUAGCAUUUUUCUUUCCUUUUCAGUGAGGAGAUAAACCUAAGACAAUCAACUAUAAACAUGCAAAAAAAAUACAAAAAAGAUGGACCAAUCGAUUGUACUAAGGGUUUCAUUUAACUCAUUUUUGUUUUGUUUGUUUGCAACUAGACUACAUUGUAAGCUUAAAUCUCAUUCCUCAUGUAGCACUGUAAAUACACAACUGUACAUUUUUAAGAGACUUUUGUUAUAUUUUAUGUACACCUGUAUUUACAUGCACUGAGUUUCUUUCUACAAAAUCGGUAGUUGUUGACUUUGUAUUAAAGACAUCCAAAGUGAAAUUA